AUGUCUGAAAAAACGUAUGAAAAAGAGCAACAGUUCCUAGAAAAGCCAGAAUUGGUCGACUAUGAAGAAGAAGCCAUUGGUCGUGGCGACAAAGAGUUUGUUCCUCCUACUGCUGAAGAGUUGAAGGCUGUCAUGUGGAAGCUAGAUCUUCGUAUCAUUCCAUUUCUCGGUCUCUUGUAUCUCUGCUCCUUCUUGGAUCGUGUCAACAUCGGCAAUGCUAAGCUGGCCGGCAUCACCAAGGACUUGAGCAUCAGUGCUACGGAUUACAAUAUUGCUUUAUCAAUCUUCUUUAUCGGCUAUAUCAUUUUCGAGGUACCUUCCAAUAUGAUUUUGAAAUGGAUUGGCCCAAGCAAAUGGAUUCCCAUCGUCAUGAUUUCUUGGGGCACUGUGAUGGCUUCUAUGGCUGCCUGCCACAACACAGCUGGUCUCUUGGCUUCUCGUUUCUUUUUGGGUAUUACUGAAGCUGGCCUUUUCCCAGGUGUCAUUUUCUAUCUUACAUUGUGGUAUAAGAGAAGCGAACAAGCAACGCGUGUAGCUUUUUUUUUCUCUUGCUCUACCUUGGCUGGUGCCUUUGGUGGUGUUUUGGCUUACGGCAUUAUGCAAAUGGAUGGUUUAGGCGGUCUCCAUGGCUGGCAAUGGAUCUUUAUCAUUGAAGCAAUUCCCACUCUUUUACUUUCUGUAGCUGCUUAUUACUUUUUGCCUGAUUUCCCAGAGAACUCUAAAUUUAUCAAUGACCGUGAGCGCGAGAUUGUUGUCCACAGACUCAGAGAAGAUGCUGGUCCAUCUACUGAAACAGAAUUCUCUUGGGUGCAAUGGCGUGCAGCCUUCCUUGACUGGAGAGUCUAUAUGCAUUCUCUCAUCUACAUUUGUGGGUCCACUCCUCUUUAUAGUUUGAGUUUGUUCUUGCCUAGUAUCAUUCAAGGCAUGGGUUUCACGGAUCUUCGUGCUCAGGCAAUGUCUGCUCCUCCCUAUGCUAUUGCUUGUACAUUCACCAUCUUGAUCGCUAUGCAUGCUGAUAAAAAGAAGGAGCGUGGUUUGCAUGUAGCUAUUCCUGCUGCUAUUGGUGUCAUUGGUUAUGCUCUCUUGUAUGCUCUUCGCCAUAAAGGCGCCGUGGCCAUGUAUAUUGCUGCUUGUAUCACUGUUACAGGUGUCUUUUCUCACAUCCCCGCCAUGUUGAGUUGGUUUGGUAACAAUAUUGGUGGUCAUACUAAGCGUGGUGUUGCUUCUGCCAUCAUCAUCUCCAUUGGUAAUGUCGGAGGUGCCAUUGGUGGUCAAAUCUACAGAGCAAAUGAUGCUCCUUUGUAUGCUACUGGUAAUUUGGCUGCUAUGGGUUUGAUGAUUGGUGCUGUUACCUUUUCUUUGCUCUUCAAAUUCCUCUUGGAAAGAGAGAACAAGAGACGUGAUAACCUUACCCCUGAGCAAUAUGCUCAUGAAGCUGCUACCAAUAUCUGCGACAGACAUCCUGGAUUCAGAUAUAUGUCCUAA